AUGUCAGCGGAUAACACAGUAGUCUUUCUGGAUAUCGACAUCGAUACGGAGGAGAGCGGCCGGACUGCAUAUGCUAGAGGGGUCGACUUCGUGUCUCAGUGCAACCUCAAAUACGGUCUGAGCAGUCCGGAUAUCACCAAACUUGGCGGGUCAGAAGUUGCACGACUACCUGAGCUAUAUCUAUCCGACUAUGAGUGGUCGCAGAAAGGUUCGGCCAUUUUCAAGAGGCCUGUAGAUCGAGUAACGAUAGAGCUCUUGGACACUACCUCCCCUCUAGCCGUGGACAACUUCAAGCACCUCAUCAAAGGCGACAAGGGUGUUUCUAGGAAUUCUGGUAAAAGACUUUCGUACAUUGGUUGUCCGUUCCACAGAGUAGUGAAGGACUUUGUCGCUCAGACGGGGGACAUUGUCACUGGCACAGGCGCUGGCGGCGAAAGUAGUUACGGUAAGAAGUUCAAGGAUGAUGUUGCCGGGCUGAAGAUGCGGCACGACGGAGCGGGUGUGGUCGGGAUGUGCAAUACGGGGAAGAACUCCAAUACUUCGCAGUUUUAUAUAACGUUUAACGCGACGCCGCAGUUGAAUGGCAAACACGUGGUUUUNNNNAAGAUAAGAGUAAAGUGCAAUCCGGAUGAUACCAUUGGUGAUCUCAAGAAGCUGCUAGCAGCACAAAUAGGUACUCGACCAGAGAAGAUCAGGAUUCAAAAAUGGUACAAUGUGUAUAAGGAUCACAUCACAUUGGCUGAUUAUGAGAUUCACGAUGGGAUGGGCCUGGAGCUAUACUACAACUAA